AUGUGGUCCUACGACAACGGUUCCAGCCGUCGAAGCAGGGACAAUCCCCCGAGCUCAUCACGCCGUUACUAUGGUCCCGUCUACGACCAACCUUAUUACGACGACGGCCCGCUGGCAUCAUCAGUUCCUUCCUACGAUCGGCAUCGUCGCAAAUCUGUCCCGGUGAACUCAACUCUAGACGAAACCAGACAGCCGCGGCGUGCCGCUGUGAUCGCAUCAGACGAUGGAUUUGACAAGCCCUUUGCGAGAAGUGGCUUGGCCGACCCUUACAGCGGAGCUUCUUCUCGUCAUGAUGUUGAGGCCAAGACAAGCGACCGGCACAGACAUUUCAGAGACAAGCGCGGGACAUACGAGAUAGACGAGGGCCAGAAUCUGAGGAGAGCAAAGAGCUACAGCCCCCACAGGGCAGCGAGGGAGGCAGAGGCCCCACGGCGAGUCUCACCAGAUGCAACGUCAAAGUCAGGCUGGCAGGAAGCCGACUACGCGGCCCCUGCCCGUCGGUCGUCGACCAGAAAGGGCAGAGAGCAGCAACAGCAGUACUACGACGAGGAGCCUUCGGCUAAAUAUGGAAAACCCCAAGAUCGCGCCAGGACUGCCUACGAUUAUGGCGGUGGGGCUAUGGGGUCAACCAUACCGACGGCGAGAGACUACCCGCCUUAUAAGUCGUCGCCCCUGACUUCUUCUUCGAGGGCGGCUCCUGAAGAGAAAGUCGGCAAGCACUCGCGAGGCCGAGACAAGACAUACUAUCAAGACCCUAGCCCUUCCUAUGCAGAAGCUGAGCCACCCCGUCGAGACCGCCGGGGCAGGCAUGCAGAGGACAGGCCCAGCUGGGAGGAUGAUGGUUACCCCCCCAGAUCACGAGCCAAGCAGAGACCUCCGCCGGCGGAUGACUACGAGGACCCCUACGCGUCGGCACCUCGACAACGCCACCGGCAGAGUGUGCCGCCGCAGGCCCGCUCGCGCCACGAGGAUCCCUCUGAGGAUCCAUACGCUCCACCACGGCGGCGGGCGACCUCGGCCAGCCAGGGCGCGUAUGGUGGCUACAACAACCCUGACGCCCGGGACAGACGAUAUCAGGAUGAUGACGGGUACGGCUCGUACGGUGCGUCUGGUGGUGCGCAGGCGGGGCCGGGCGGCAGCAGAAAGAAGGACAAGAGCAAGAAGAUUGGCAAGCAAGCCGGCAAGCUGUUCAUGACGCACGCGUUCCCUGUCAUCAAGCAGGAGGCGGUGCCAUUCCUGACCAAGGCGGCGCAGGCGUACUUUGAGUCGUCGAGGAAGUGAAUUUGAGGCAAUGAUAUUGUUAGGAUGGAAGACUGUGAUGUAUGCGACAUGAUUGAUGAGCUUUUGUUUCCUUUGUAUGAUGUGCACGGAUUUGGAAAAUGGGCAUCAACGGCAACGAGGAGACCUGGUACGGGCGCACUUGGGAGACCUUUCUGACCCUCUUUUGUUUCAGUGACGUUGUCGACGACACGAAGUCAUGACAUACACAUUUUUGAGACUGUGGGCAUGGGCUAAUAGAAAGGAGCAGCAUGACGGGAUACUGAUUUGGAUGAUGAGAGAGGAGAAAGUGUAUUAUGUAUACAUGCCAGAUCUACUCAAUACUUUACUCUUGUA